AUGAGGGGAAUUGUGAGCCUUUCGAGUGGUACAUGGAAUGGCAAGACAUAUCCAACAACCUUCCGGUGGAUAUCCCCAAGGAUGCGCAAGUUCUGCACAUCGGCUGCGGCACCUCCGGUUAGUCUUCACCUCCACUUGUAUGGCGCUUCAGAGCUCGCCAAGGAGCUGCUAAAGGCUGGAGUAUCCAGCGUUGUCAACAUUGACUUUUCUGACGUCUGCAUAAAGGAGAUGAAGCUCAGGAACCCAGACCUGUCCUACGAAGUCGACGAUGCUGUGGAGAACCACAAAAAGUACAACGACGCCACAUUUGACCUCAUCAUUGACAAGGGAUGCAUCGAUUCCAUACUGUGCUGCAAAGACUAUGAUCUGAAGAUGGAAAGUCUGCUCAAUGGAAUGCACCGAAUACUAAAGAAUGAUGGAAAGCUUAUCAUCGUGUCAGUCGGAGGUCCCUCCGUACGACUAAUGCACCUGGAGGGCCCCGUGUGGAAUGUUGAAAUCAUAAAAAUCAGAAAGAAGAACGCCGAUUUCCUACUAGGUGACGAGGGUAAUCCAACCGAUAAGGACGACGAACAAGUUGAUAUUAUCGAAGAACUUCGCCACUAUUACAUUUAUUUAUGCACUAAAAAAAUAGUCUCGUACAUGUUCUUGUCAUUCAAAAAAUAUAAAAUGUGUGUCAAAAACCAACGCAUUCCUCCUAAAAAUGCGCUUAAACAUGCAUGA